UAUACAAUGUAAAGUAGUGCCUUUUGUCCCAAGCCUCCCCAGUUAACGCUAGAUGGAAUUCAUCAGGAUCCCCUCAUCUUAGUACUGUACUCAUAAAGCUAAUGGGACACACUCUCCCGUGUACAAAGAUAGGAACCGCUUACAUCUACUGUAGCGUGCCUAGAGUAGUGCUUGAAUGCAACCAAACUAGAAGGCGGGUAAGCUACCAGCUUGGACGAAAUGCAGUCGUCCCAAGUUUUGAGGAACCGCAGGAAGCUUUCUCAUUCUAAUCCUCUUUAUUUAUCACUGGCAGCAUACAGCUAAGGCCUCUAUCUCCAGCCACGUCGCUUCAGAUCUUUCUCGGGGAUCACAAAAUUUAAGUUCACCUCCACCCUGCCGCGUGUAGACCGAGAGCUUUCCACCCCCUCAUUCCCUUUCUCCCUCCGCCCCUAACUCAAUCGCUCCCGGGACCGAGUUCUGGCGCCCGAUGUCUGCGCUCCAAAUCUUCUCAAAAAGACCUCUGCAGGGACUCAGAACUCUGGUUUCCCUACCGAGACAGCGAUGCAUCAACUACUAGGUAAAGCAAACGAGCGGAAAAAUCCCUCUCCCAGGGAACCCUCGAGAGCCCGCCUUUCAGUGGAGGCGGAAGCGGAAGCGGAAAUGCUACUGGGGUCAUAGAGUUUCCUAGUUCCGGUUUCUGGACUGCUUUUGGAGAUAGAGCGCCUCUCUUCUGCUGUGGUUCCCCAGCACCGGCGGCUUCUCUUUCCGGGUGCAGCGUCUGUCAUAAAGCUGAGACCUCCCUUCAAACGUGGCGUCGUGGGUCCUUCGCGCCUCGCCGGGGGUCAGCGUGCAAGGACGGGCGCGGGCAGGGUACUUAACACUCAACAGGCGCAGCCAGUCCGCGUACUGGCGCCCCCGAGCCCUCACGAUUGGAACUACCUGAUUCGCAGCCUCCGGGACUGCAUUUGGAGAGGACAGCACUCCCUGGCCCGUACCUGUACCCCACAGUCACACUCUGCCCUGUGAGGUGCAGCGUUUCCCAAGUCCCCCUGUACCGCUUCCACCCACGUCUGCGUUCAACUUCGUCCUUAACCUCCUUGAAACUCCGUCCCCUCUGCCUCCAGAAGUGGUCUUUUCCCCCAGUUCCCGUAAACAUUGGGAGUUAAGUUUUGGAUAUCCUGCAAAGAUUACUUCUAAGACUGAGCAUCCAUUCGAUCGCCCGAACAAGUUCAUGCUUGCUAGAGAGCUUGUGGGCAAAGGGAAACCCAGUGCACACGGAAAACGAUGGCUGAGCACGGGGCGCACAUCGCCGCUGCUUCCGUGCAGGACGACCAGCCAUCCAUCUUUGAGGUGGUAGCGCAGGACAGCUUAAUGACGGCAGUGAGACCCGCUCUUCAGCAUGUGGUCAAGGUUCUUGCAGAAUCAAAUCCUGCCCGCUAUGGCUUCUUUUGGAGGUGGUUUGACGAAAUCUUUGCCCUGCUAGAUCUUCUGCUCCAGCAGCAUUAUUUGUCUAAAACCAGUGCCUCGUUUUCUGAAAACUUUUAUGGCUUAAAGCGGAUUGUUACGGGGGACACAGGCAAGCUUCAGAGACUGGCCAGCGCUGGGCUCCCCAAGAAGCAGCUUUGGAAGUCAGUCAUGUUCCUGGUCCUCCUUCCGUAUCUGAAAGUGAAGCUGGAGAAGCUGGUUGCUAGCCUGAGAGAAGAGGAUGAAUAUUCCAUCCAUCCCCCUUCUUCCUGCUGGAAACGAUUUUACAGAGCCUUCCUGGCAGCCUAUCCGUUUGUUAACAUGGCCUGGGAAGGCUGGUUCCUUGUACAGCAACUCCGAUACAUCCUGGGGAAAGCUCAGCAUCACUCACCGCUGCUAAGUCUGGCUGGAGUCCGGCUAGGUCGACUCACGAUUCAGGACAUACAAGCUCUGGAGCACAGGCCUGCUGAAGCCGCCAUGAUGCACCAACCAGCCAGGAGUGUUGCUGAGAAGAUCAAGUGGGCUGUGAAAAAAGCGGUGGGGGGUGCCGCCUUAUCGCUGUCCACGGGCCUGUCCGUGGGCGUGUUCUUCCUGCAGUUCCUUGAGUGGUGGUACUCGUCUGAAAACCAGGAAACCAUCAAAUCCCUCACGGCCCUGCCUACGCCCCCGCCGCCUGUCCACCUGGACUACAACCCUGACUCCCCGCUGUUACCCAAACUGAAGACUGUGUGCCCGCUGUGUCGCAAAACCCGGGUGAACGACACUGUCCUCGCCACCUCUGGCUACGUGUUUUGUUACCGCUGCGUGUUGAUUUAUGUGAGGAGUCACCAAGCCUGCCCCGUCACGGGUUACCCGACAGAAGUGCAGCAUCUGAUUAAACUGUACUCCCCCGACAACUGAAAGGGUUGGCACGGUGGUGAGGCCGCGGGGCCGGAGUCUUCAGCAUGGUCCAUGGCACUGUUGGAUACUCCUUAGGCUCAAUUCAUAAUUAUAUGAAUUUUAAACUACUACAUGGAUUUCUUUAAAAGAAUCUACCCAUUGAUGUUAACCUUCUAGCCUGCUGUCUGGACCUCAACUUAGAGCUGACCGAGCUGGUUAGAAUGAGAGAGUCGGGGUGGCAGGGGACAGUGUAGAGGAAGUGGGUAAAAGAGGAUAAUCAGCACAGAAGCUUUUCCUUAAAGAACAAAGAGGCACAGAAGCUCUUGGGGGGAAAAAAACCAAGUUAGACCUCAGAAAGUGGGUGGCGAGGGGGAAGCAGGCCUUUUCUUCAGAAAAGAGUGUUGAUCUGCCUGUGAGGAGGAGGCUGGUUGUGUCCCUUGGCAAACAGUGUGAAACGUGGGCUUGUUCUUUAUGUCAGGCACUUCUGGAAAACAGGAAUAGCUCCUUCUACAUACUGUGACCACUGGUUAAAUAACAUCUGCUGUAGUUUAUCAACUUUUAAAGAUUCCUUUGUUACCCACACGUCUUUCCUGGGAAACUGGUUAAAGGACAAAGGGGUUGAGGGUAUGUACAGAGCAACCUUAGGGUUUCGGUGUGACACCCAAGUGCUGAUAGGCAAUGAAAAGAUGGAGUACAAUACCGAUCCAACUGUGUAAAGGAAGGAUCUGUUCAUAAGCUCUUUCUGCUUGCUGUUAACAGUUUGCUACACUGGCAUGAAUUAUUCUGGCUAUUUACUAAAGUUUCUGUGAAACACUUAAAAUAAAUUUUAAGAAUAAAUGAUUUUGGCAAA